CGAACGCUCGGCUGUUUUGCAGGUGCUGUAGCACUGGAGCGACUGAGGACGGGGAUGGAGAUGGGGUUGGUGUGUGUCCUCCUCCUCCUCACUGCCCUUCGACUCGUGAACGACCUUCCUAAUUGAAUGAGUGGCGGAGAUGGACGCUAACAGCUCCCUAGAAGCCGCCCAACAACAAAUGGGGACCACGCUAUGCGCGAGCGGCGAAGCUAGAUGAGCGCCAGGCUCGUCCUGCUCUCCCUCCCUCAGGCAGGGCGGCUCGCGCUCUCUUGGAGAAAGGACCACAUGACGAGGCGGCAAGGCUUGCUGCUGCAGGGGGAGAGGUGAAGGGGGAACAACCGUGACGCCGACUGCGCUUCUGGGGCGUCAAAGCAGGACACGGCGGCAGGGCUCCCCGUUCACCUCGCGCGCUUCCAGCACCACCACCAUCGCCACGACAGCCCCGCCACCCCUUUCUUCCCCCUCCCCUUCGCCUCGCUUGCCAACCACGCGCGUGCGCGAGCCCAAGCCCUCUCUUUUUGUCGCUCGCUCGCGCUCUCUUCCUCUCCGAGGCUCCUCCAUCCACCACCAGCGCCGGGAAUGGGCAGCGAGAGCGCGCGCAGGAGCUGCCCGGGCUCCGCCGCUCCCUCCUGCGCCCGCUCCUGCUCCUGCUGCUCUUCUUGCCCUGCUGCCCCCAGGGCGGCACCUCGUCUGCGCUCCCGCCUUUUCCCAGCAAGGACGGAUCAAAUUAUGACAUCGCCAUCCAAAGGAAUUUUUCGAUCAUUACUAGUUAUCUCCAUUGUCCUGGGCUGUUUCAUGGCAUGUCUGCUUAUUUACAUCAAACCAACAAACAGCUGGAUCUCCAGUCCCAUCGAGUCAGCCAGCUCAGUUCUGAAAAUGAAGAGCUUCUUCUCCACCAAAAGCAAUUAUAUUAAUGAGACAACUGUUCUGAUAUGGGUGUGGCCAUUUGGUCAGACAUUUGACCUGACAUUAUGCCCAACAUUUAACAUCCAUGGGUGCCAUCUGACUACUGACCGCACAUUAUUUAAUCGUUCUCAUGCCGUUCUCAUUCACCACAGAGACAUCAGUUGGGAUCUGACUAAUUUACCUCAGCAACCUAGGCCAUCAUUUCAGAAAUGGAUCUGGAUGAACUUGGAAUCACCAACACACACUCCACAAAAGAGUGGAAUUGAACAUCUGUUCAAUCUGACCCUCACCUAUCGGCGUGAUUCAGAUAUUCAAGUGCCUUAUGGCUCCAUGAUGGUUAGCACAAGCUCCUUUCUGUUUGAAGUACCAAGUAAAGAGAAGCUGGUGUGUUGGGUGGUGAGUAACUGGAACCCUGAGCAUGCCAGGGUCAAGUAUUACAAUGAACUAAGUAAGUAUAUUGAAAUCCAUACCUAUGGGCAAGCAUUUGGAGACUACGUGAGUGAUAAAAACUUGAUCCCAACUAUUUCCACCUGUAAGUUUUACCUUUCCUUUGAGAAUUCUAUCCACAAAGACUACAUUACAGAGAAGCUUUAUAAUGCUUUUCUGGCUGGAUCUGUGCCAGUUGUACUGGGUCCCCCAAGAGAAAACUAUGAGAAUUACAUUCCUUCUCAUUCUUUCAUACACGUGGAGGAUUUUCUCUCCCCAAGGAACCUCGCAGAGUAUCUUUUGAUGCUUGACAAAAACAAUACACUGUACUUUAACUACUUCAACUGGAGGAAGGAUUUUUCAGUGCAUCUCCCUCAGUUUUGGGAAACACACGCAUGCCUUGCCUGCGACCACGUAAAAAGACACCAGGAAUACAAGUCUGUUGGUAAUUUAGAAAAAUGGUUUUGGAAUUAAACUUUUAUUCCUUUUUGUGCACUUUGUCAAAAGAACAAAUGACAAAUCAUUGUUCCAAGUGAAAGUGAGGAGAAAAGCCCUCUGCUGAGUAUAUUUAUCAGCUGUUUUUUUCUGGGUAUGGCACAUUCCAUUUACUCUUCUUAAUUUGGAUUGUUCAUUCAUUCCGAAACUUAGAAAUGUUUAUCCAUUCUUCUCACAGUAUCUGGUUAAAAUAACUGAAUGCUGAUGUUGGCCAAUUUUUCUGUUGACUUGCUUGGAGAGGUGAUCAUCAGUUUCUCAACUGCCCUUUUAUUAUAUUUUGAUGUGACUUUGAAAAGCAGUUAACAGCUGGUAACCUAGAGGGAUGGUUUGUUAUGCUGUUAAAACAAUCAGGAUUGUGGUGGUCUCUUGUUAUAUUUUAAUCAAAUACUUAUUCCCCUACAUGGGGAACCCAGGAGUAGCAAAUUUUGGAGUGGCUGCUUUAAGCAAAACAGAGAAAGUAACUCAUGUGCAUACUUUUAAAAAACAACAACACGUGUGUUAUCUGGCACAUCAUGGCUGCACAAAUUAUUCCAUUCUAAGCCUUUAGCAUGGAACCUUAUUUAUGUUUUGUUGGAAAUCCUAAUAUAUAGCUGGUUAUGUGCACUGAAGAAUAAUUUAUUGUUUACCAUCUUUUUAAAAUCACGUUUUGUCUCCUUUAUUUUUAAAUACAUCAAUCUCUGGCCAAGACAUGGAUUAGUGAUGUUUACAUUGGAUCAGAUAUUUUUCUGUGUAGGAACUGAAAGAGGCUUAGAAGCUAAGAAUGUGUUGCAAUAUCUAGCUAAUUCACAUUACAAUAUGUGCUGUUAAGAAAAAUGCUUGUUGCAAUUUUUCUGCUACCCUUUAAAAAGUAGUGUACAUCCAUCCUGAUCCAGAGAUUCACUGUGAUCCUCUCUGUCAUAUCACAAACUGCUUUCAAAUGUCAAAAGCAGUUUGUCAUACAUCUUAGGAGUCUGUUGUCUGAGGAAAAACAAGUUUUUGGGCUCAAGAAUCUAGAGCCAGAAUCUCUGAAUCCUGGCAAUAUUUUCUAAUAAGAAUUAUAAACUGAGAAAUCUUUGAAAUACAUUAAUGUUACUCAAAAUUUUUGAUACAUUAUUGACAAAGUGAAUAUCUCCAUAAAGGGAUGCAUAGAAAAAGGUGUGUUCAAAAUUAAAUAUGCACUGAAGUGGUUUUUUGAAAUUAAGUUUUUUGAAGGCAGCGGAUGAUGAAAGCCUUUGCUCUCACUUCAGUAUGAUUAGUAUUUCCAACAGAUAGAUAACUUGUCACUUUGUCCAAUUCCUAACAAGUAGUAAGAGCUUAUUCUAUUAGUCCUGUAUUGGACAAUUAUCAAUUGUCAGAAUUCCGAUAACUCUGUGGAUUAUCAACUUCUCAGAUUUAAUCAUUUCACAAAGUUCCAGCCAUUAAUUGGUUAUUUCCCUUUGUCACUUAUAAGCAUAUCAACAUCCGAAAUGACCCUGAACCUAAUGCACAAUUAAGAGAUAGCACUGGAAUGUUACUGCAGAAAAACCUAACUGAGGUGAUUAAGGCUACAAUUACUUUUUGCUUAACCUUAAGUCCAUAGAAUAAAGUGUAUCAAAAAUUACAGUAAUAUACCAUCCCAAACAAUGGUAUUAUGUUGUCAUUGUAGAAAUAUUGCAGACAAUUACUAUGAGCCAAAUGUUUUAAGGUCAGAAGUUAAACAAUUUUAGUAAUCCAAAAUGGUAGUUCACUUUUUUCUUAGUUUUAAAAUGCAAAUGCUUUUCAAUGUUCCACAUUUUAAUGCUGAACAGAAAAGCAUCCAAAAAGAUGUUUCAGAAGGGAAGCAGGCUAAGGACUCUGUCAAACAAAUUACUACUGCUGACAGAACUGCUCACCUAUUGGGGGUGGAGAAGAGGAGCAAGUAAGCUAGUGACCAGAAGCUGAUCAGCACCUUUAGAGUUGACAAUGCUGAUUAUCUGUUCAGAAGUGUGUGUACACGCGCAUGCACAUGUGCGUGCAUGUGCAUGCUCACACACACAUGCAUAACACUUCCCUGCCCCCCCAAACACUUUUGUACAUUUAACAGGGCUGAUCGGUGAGCAGAAACUUGUUUCUAAUGGUGGUUGCACUGGAUAUUGACAACAGAAUGUCUUAACUUUGCUUUCAAACAGAUUUAUAAAUGUCUCUUUCUGUAUUGUGUUGAAUUUCUGGGAAAUUGUUGAUAUAAAGGAAAUGUAGAAUCAUGGUUAUUUCAUCCAGCAUCUUUCAGUUGUGUUCCAUUUCCACAAUAUUGUUCUAUUUUAAAGCACUUUUUGACUUGAUUUACUCUUUGUGAUUUGAUUUACUCUUUGUGACUUGAUUUACCUUCUAUAAAUUAAUUGGCAUUUUAUCUAACUCUACAUAAAUACAAUAGAACUUGAAAGAAAAACUUGUUUAGGCAGGGCAUGUGGGGGAGGGCAUUAUUCAAAGCUCCUCUCUUCAGCCAGCCGUUCACUGAGGCCACCAGAAAAUAUUUGACUGAAAUUAGACACUUAUGUUUUUAUUUAAUAAACAAAAAAUCAUGGAUGUUAAAAGAAGGCAGUCUCCUUUAAAUGUAAUUUAAUAUGAAUACUAUUCAACAGCUAAAGUUAUAAAAUGAGAAGCUAAAGAAUAAAUAGCACUUUGAAGGAGUACUGCUUGAAUAUUAUUUAUAGUCAUGGCACUGUGAAGAACUGCACACAUUUUAAAAUUGUCAUCACUCCCAGAAACUGUUUCUUGAACAGAUUGAAAUUGAACUGGAAUGUAUGCAAUUACCCCAAAACCUAUAGAACUAAACUUUGUGGCAAAACUAUUGUUACUAUUUUAUUAUUAAAAUAUAUAUAUACCACUUCACACAGAAAAAAAAUCUCAAAGUGGUUUACAUAGCAAGAGGAAUGAGAAAGAGUCCCCAAAUCGCUCACAAUCUUUUUUUAAAAAAAUCUAGUUUUGUGCACAAAAUGUGAGUCUGUCUUUCAAGACUCGAGUUUCUCUUUGUGAAACCACCCAGUGGAAUCCAAAAUUAAUCAUUUACCUCAGAUUUCUUAGCAGAAUGUAAGUGUUGAGGCCCAACAUUUGAAAUUCAUUUUUAGUCGACGUUUGUAUAAACACAUUGUAUUAUUCACAGUUUAAUUUGAAAUUCAUUGGUCCCUAUAUUCGUUUCAGUUUUAAUUCAUGCUCUGUGCAGCAACAUAUGUAAACAUUUCCUUUGUGCUUUAUGACAUGGGAUUUUGGGUAACAAAGACAAUGAUAAUAGGUUGUAUCCCAAUUUGACAAAUGGAAGGCUGUUCCUGCAAGGCAACUUCCUUGCCUUCUCCUCACCACAACAGCCCUCUGUGUACCCUGAAAUGUUUCCCAUGAGACUUAAAGGACCCUUGGGCAUGGGGUGGGGUGAGGUGAGGUGCAGAGGGGCUCAGGAAGUAGAAAAGCUCUCAAAAUCAGGUGAAGGCACUAUGCAUUUGUGGAGCUCCACUUGUAUAUGGCAUGUCUGACCAAUUUGGGGCAAUUUCUCCCUCCCCCUUUCAGCCCCGCCAGAUCCCACCCCAUUUCCAAGAGUCCAAACCUUCAGGGGAGGUUUUUCAGGGGGCACAGUAAGCUGUUGCGGGAAUAAGUGAUCAGAAAGUUUCCUUGCAGGAACUUCCUUCCAUUUGUGGAAUGUAGGGUUGUUGUUUUUAACAUGUUAAAUAAUAAUAUACAAAAGAACCUUUGUUAUCUGAAAUAUAAUUAUUCAAAACUAUUUCUAACACUGAUUAACUGUGGAUUUCUAGUGUAACCCUGUAUCAAUUAAGUAUAUGUAAACAGUGUUUCUUUUUUAUCUGAACAUUGGCUUUCUCCAUAAUUUGCAUAAUUAUGCAUAAUUUGCAUAAUCCACACAACAUACAGACCUGAUUCUGGUGACUCAACCCAAACCAUGGUUUUCUGGAUCAUGAAUUAGUGAGGAAAGAAUUAUGAGCCUGCAUGGGCCCUCUUCCUCUUUUCUCUUCCUCUUGAAUGUCCAGCUAAAUGCAAAGCCUCAUGUUUUGUUGAAGCAUGCUUUCCCAUGGCAUCUGAACCAGAAAACAAUAGUUUAAUCCAUCCCUACAAAUUAGAAUCUCAAAGCACAAUUUGACCCUUGUUUGAUAUGCUGAUUUGGAUAUCUGACAAAACUGGGAAAUUUUGCAUUUAGCAAUGCACACAAGGAAAGGGUGGGGCCACAAGUGGGCAUCUCACACUCCUUCCUUGCUCAUUCACGAACUAGUUCUUAGGAAAACAGAUCUGUAGAGCAUUAGUUUUUUCCUCCUUAUUUUGUUUUAGUGUGACCCAAUCCAGCAAUUGUUUACAGAUGCAAGGAGUCUGAUGUACAGAUUAAGCUCCACCUGCCAGCAACAACUUCCUCAUUAAUUUCAGUGGAGGAAACAAUCUAUUUGUGCCUUCCUGAAUGAGGAAAUUUUCUCUUUAUAAGAACUGUGUAAGGCAAUUCACAUGAGCAGCCUAGCCCAGACUAGGGCAGCCCAGUCUGAGCUAGGCUGCUCGUGUGCAGUGCCGGGAUCUGUGUGGAUCCCAGCACUGACUGCCUGUCUAAACCUACUUCCAACUCCAGCCUUGAGCCAAGGUUAGGGGUCUGAGCAUGCCCUUAACCCUGGCACUGGGGUCGUGUGUAUGCUCAGGCUGUGUGCAGCUCAAGCAUGCACAGAGUCAGACCCCUAGAGCACCUGAUCCACCAUGCAUGUCACAUGGUACAUUGUGGGAUAUCUGGAGGUGGGGAUACACUGUCCCAGCUUCCAGAAGGGAUCCACCAUCAUGGAAAGAUCGUUGGGGGCUGGGAAGUAAGUUUGGCACAGCCUCCCCCCAUGCCUGCCCACACAGCAGUUGUGUGCAUAGCCUUUGUGUGUGCAUCACAUAGCACCCUGGAUCAGAGUGGUAGCCAACAUUUGUGAAAUAUAAUGAGGGGGAAAGGGGUACAUAAUUGGAAACAAAUGCUGACAUUGGUGUUUCCAAAAGCUGCUUUGGUUUGUUUAGAUAUUUGUGUCAUUAUAUAUGUAUUAUAAUUUUUAAAAAUUGUUUCUUACAGGGAACUGAAUCCCUUAAAUUCACCAGCAUUUGCAUUAUGAAACUAAAAGGGAAAACAAAUAACAUGCAUACAUGUGAUAAAUGAAAUCUAGUCUUUGAAAAACUUUAUGUAAAAGGAAAACCUUUUGUGUGUGUGUUUAUAUAUAUAUAUAUUAUAUGUCUAUCAUAUAUUUGGAUAAAUGUUUAUAUGUUUGUUGCAAAGCAAUAUGCUGCAAGGCAAAAUGAAGGCUAUAUUUUCAAAUCUCAUGUGCUGGGAGAAUGAAAUUCAGAAGAGCAUACCAUGCUGAAAUUAUUUAGAACCUAUGUCCUAUUCUCUUAAGUCAUGGGGCAGCUUUACACAACCACCUGUAAGUACUUACAAAGUAAGUACAAGAGAAAUUGGUGAUGGCAGACAGCACACACUUCAGAACUAGAGCUGCCAGACAGCACACACUCGGAUGGGUAUGAUGUCUGAACCUACCCAUCUCCAGUUUCCAAUCCUGGUUACCCACUUCCACUUUAGAUUUUACCAACUUCCUGAACCUACUUAAAAAUAGGAGUUGAAGUUGGCUUGACAAUAUUGCUAAAACCCAAGAUGGAAGUGGGUAACUGGGAUCAGGAACCAGAGGUGGGUGGGUUCAGACAUCAUACCCAUCAGGAGCAUGCACCUCCCAGCACCUUUGGUUCCUCUCAUAUAGGCAGUCGUAUGAAGCUGCCCAUAGUGUCGUGACUGAAUGGCAUGCAAUGGCACCUAUUCUCUCUCAUACUGAAGAGCAUAAUUUGCCUCUAGUUCAUUUAAUUGAACUGUAUGAAUUCGUGUUGCUUGUUCAAAAUGUUAAUGUCGAUUUGAAGUUGUAUCAUUGAUUUGGCUUCAGGACCUAGCUUUGUGGUAUGCAGCAAACCUAUCACAUAAGGGAGCUUCACAUAAUGUGGCGAAUACAGUUGCCAUGAACUGCCAUUUCCUGAAGUACUCAUGCAAGUUUGACUUCUGGUUUCGAGGCUACCUGAUAUUUGGCAUAUUGUCCAAACCCACCAAUUUCAACACAUUCUACACUACUUUCAAUUCCAGACCUGGCAUCUGUAACUGACUUCAAUCCUAACAUAGAGAUGUUGGGUCCGGUGGGUUCGGGUUACAUGCCCAAUGUCAGCAGAGGCUUCCCGACACCAGAAGUCAUGCUCAUGCACACAGUCUGGCAGUUCACCACAAAUGUACUUGCUGUGUUAACAUGUGAAGCUACCCAUAAAAUCACAACAAUUGUAAAACAGAAAGGUAUGUUGUGGAAAGGUAUACGUUUCUGCAACAAACACAAAGCCUUGGCCCAACAAAAACAUCACAAUCACUAAUUGAAUCCUGUAUGGGAAAAGAUCUAAUAUGUUUCUGUUACUCAUGUGAUAAUUGCAGCUCUUUAUCGAUUACUUGAAUAUGUGAAAUUUCUGCUACAGAGCAAAACUCAACAUGAAGGACACUACCAUUUAAAAUAAAUCCUUUAAGUGUUUUAAUGGGUUUAUGACACAGUUUCUAGAUUUCCCCACAGAUUAACAUUUCCUUCUUCAGGUUAUACCGUGGGUUCCAUAAAAAUAAUGGAGGAGAAAGUUAUUAAGGUGCAACUUAAUAGUCAUGGCUAAAUCUGCACAUUUUGAUGAAGAGUAGGGCUGUGAAAGGGUAUGACAACCAUGGAUGUACUCUUGCUUUCUUGAAAAGAAGAAUGGAAUCAAUACAUAAAAUGUGAACGUAGUAUUAAGAGGCAAAAGCCUUCUAGAAAAAAAGCUCAAGACAGUAAAGAAAUAUCAGACAAGACUUUAUUAACCCUAGGCUUUUCUAAAAGUCAUGAAAACUUUUGUGAGCUCUUGAUACACAUUUUUCCACUAAUAAAGCAAAAUGAACUAAUAUUACUAAUCCACAAUUAGAAAGGAAGGCUUGUAAGCAUCACUGAAUAUGUUCAUUAAUUUGAUGCAUAUUCAUAUUUGGAUAUGAAUUAUUGUCAAAAUUUGAACAUCCAAAACAAGGCAGAUUUGCUCAUCUCUUCUACUGGCUAUACCAAAGAAACUUUCUGGAAAAUCCAUUAAGUAUACAUGCAUUAUGAGCAAUAUAUUGCAGAACAUGGAUAAAAUGUCUUGACAAGUUCAAACGCUGUCAUUAAUUAUUGUCAUUUACUCUUGUCAAGAUAUCCUGAGAAUAUGGUGCUUCUAUACCAUAGCUAUGCUAAUAAUUUGAUGUACCUGCUGCUCAAAAAUUACCAUAAAGCUGGACCUUAAUAAGGCCCACAACAUUAGAGAAUUAUAAUGGCAAGUCUCAUCCUCAUCUAUAUGUUACUAGGUGUGAUAGAGCUCCAGUGUACAUCAACUCUAUGUAAGCAGCUGUGACCACAUUGCAGUGAAGUGAGAAGCCCAUCCUUGUUGAGACCUGUGUGUGCAUCCAUGGAUCUUUGGAGUUGCAGGGACUUUCUAGACCCUAAGAUUAGAUGUUGGAUUGUAUUAACGGAGAAAUAUGUUUACAUUUUAAAUUCUUUAAAACAAUAUUUUCUUACCAAAUUAUCAUACAAUAUCUUAAUUAUAAUUCACUCUGUUUAUAUACAAUACCUUUAAAAAGAUAUAACUUCAGAGCAACUUCAUUCACUAAUUCAUUAGUAAUCUAGUAGCUGAGAUAUACAUCUCAACAUGACACAAUAUCAACCCAAUUAUAUAGUCUAGAUCCAUUAUUUCCUAAUUGUGAAGAAGAAGAAAAAGUCCAUCUUCUAAUGCAGUACUCAUGCGGCUAAUGCCACACUAUUGCUAAGGGGAGAGGCGGUUUUUGUCAAACACAUGUCUGCCAAAAAUAUGUCCCUGAGGGCUACAUGACUCCAUAGAACCAGUGCAGCAUUAGCAGCAUGAGUGCUGUGUUAGUCUGGAUGUCAGCCAAUGUGUUUCAUUUUACCGUCUCUGUAUUGCAUUGCAUAUUUAAGUUUUAAACUACUUAAUACUGAGCAAGAUUGCAUCUCCCACUGCAUUAUUGAUGGAACAUAUUUCUUUUUCCAGUAUUGGGAUAUUAAAAUUCUGGCAGUGGUUUAAAUCAGCUCAAUUUCCUGUCUCAAGCCUAUAUAUAUCUCACUGCCAAACUCCUACUAUUUUUCUGUAACCGGUUUCAAAAGAUCUGUAUAAAUGAACCCAUCUACCAUAAGUGAAACCAUGACACAAAUUCACAUGGUCAACACCUAGCAGAUACAAUAAGAAAAUUUUGUUUUAUUCUUGGACUCAAAUUCCAUUAUAGCAACACCUUAACAUAAUUUUCUUUUUCAAAAUACAUAGCAAAAUUUCCUUUCCUUUCCUUCCCCUUCUUUCAGGUUAUUUCAAUUUAUUAUCAAAUGUGGUACAAAUCAUUAUAGUCAAGGGGACAGUAUACAAGAUUAGAUGUCAUUGCUGGUGAUAUUUUCACUUCCCUCACAUAUAUGCCUCCAAAUGAUAUCCAUUAUAUUCCUAUUAAGAUCCCUAUACCUUUUGGAGUAAUAAUAAUACUUAUUUAUAUUUCUAAUUAUUAUUAUUAUCUGAUAUAUUUUAGACAAUAUAGUUACCUUACAUAAAAUAUCUUCCUAGUACUACUUGUUAGACAGCAUUUUGAAAAAAUCCAGUUCUUGCAUUGGGCAAGAAGUGGUAAUAUUUGAAAACCAUGCCUUGCAAGCAUUUCAUUCACAAUUCUAAAACAGAAAACAUUUUGUAAGAGUUUUCUUUCUUUAGGUGUUUUUUUUUUAAUGUCCAGUUUUUUCCUUCUCUGACCUGGGGAGGGGGACAAGAAUUUUUUUUUUGUUUUCCUGGAUUUCUCCUGGUGUUUCCCCCCCUCCCCCAGUCUUCACAUCUCUAAACAAUUUGCUUUUCAAAUGUUGUCUUUUUUUGCUUGAGCAUUCUCCCUUUUUUGUCUUGUACUCAGAGUCUCAACUGAAACAAUAAGAGAAAAAUAUUUUCCUUUACAAACAUAUACCUUUUACCUUCACUCAUAAUUUGCCUUUGAAUAGGACAGGCUGUAAUGAAUCUGAAAUAGUGAGUAAAGACACACACCAAAACAUUGAGUUUGUGGCAUGAUUUUACACAAUGAUGUGUGCUAUCAUAAAAUUGAUCGAUCUGGUAAAUAGUAGUCCUUUAGUAAAACUAUUGCAACACGUGUUCCACAAUACAGGCACUUAAUUAUGUGAUUUCAAAUUCAUCCAGAUUUUGUGCUAUGCCCCUUUGAUCUUUUUACCACUAAUUCAAAGUACCACUGUACAUGCAGUCAUAGAAGAAUGGGCAGCCUUGAGAUGCGAGAAAGAUAUACUUAGUCUUUUAUUUAUGACUGUUAAUCAAAUGCACAUCACAUUGUCCCUGACAGCUUCUUAGUUAUAAAACAGUAAUAAAACACCAGUCAUAUAGCUAAAGAUCUGGAUCACAAAACCUAGUGAAAGGAUGGUUACAAGAUCACAUAUCUGUUUCAAUUAUCAUCACCAAGUAAUCACUUUCCUGUGGUUAUAUCCUUACUAAAGGAGAUCAAAAUCACCACUGCACAUGCAAACUAAAAAAAUAGAGGAGAAAUACAUAGCCUGGAUAAGUGUUAGGCCAUGCUACUAGCACAUUUUUCUACUUUCAGCAAACUAGUCUAUUUCUAGACAAUUGUGGGCUAGGAUUUCAAGAGCUACCCAAGGUCGAUUGCAUGCCCAUGCACACACAGGCUUCGCAGUUUCCUUUUUACUACAGCCCCCAUGCACUUGAAAAGCUCUCCUUCCCAGGGAAUGCACACUGACCUCUUUGAAUUACAGCUAUGACGGUUUCACCCUGAAGUAAUCCAGUGCAGUAAGUGUGAAGAGAGCGCAUGAGGGGAGAUUUAUAUAUCUGCCCCAGCUACAAUGGAUGUGCACAGUUAAGGGAGCACUGCUAAUUAAUGUUGUCUGGAGUUAAAGUUCCAAAUAAAGUAGUUCAUUUAGGAAAUCCAUCAAGGAGAUAGAUAAGACCUGCAUGCUUGGUUGCUAGCUUCAUACAGGAAGAAGGGGAGAGGAGAAGAAGGAAGUCUGUCCCCCAGGUGAGAGAAUGAAACCUGAGACUGUCAGUCUAACAAAGGGGAAUCAGAGUAGAGAAAGCAUGGCCAGGGAGCAAAUGCCCUUACUGGCUAUCUCUACCACAAUGCCCCUAGUGGUCAAUAGGGUUGCUGGUGCAAAGAGUCAAUGCAAUCAGGAGCUGCAUCUCUAACAGGAAGAAUCAAUAGCGAAGCAUAUUUGUUGAGACAUGAUUGUGGGUUUUCAGCAUGACCGGCUUUUAAAACUGCACAAGUUAAAGUAUUUCUAAUAAGUGAAAUCAUUUACUAUGUUUCAGAGGUGAAAGGAUAUAUAAAGGACCUUGCAGAUGGCCAGCUGAAGUUAGCACAAGUAAUUUUCUCCCUCUGAAUUUUUUCUUAAUUUUUUCUUGAUCGUUACUCAAGUAGAUCAUUACUGAACCUUCUAGUCCAGGGGAGAAAGGGGUUGAUUUUUAAUCCCAGAGAAACAGGCAAAUGUAAACGACAAGAGUGUGUACAAAUGUGUAUAGUCAGCACUUUUUAUGGCCAAAAUGGUUUUGCUUGAUCCAUCAAAUCAUCAGUGCAAGGAUUCCACACCUAAGCAAAAUGUGUUGCAGUCACUUUACUGUUCUUUCAUGUGUGAAACAAAUUAAGUAUUUUGUUCUCCUGACAUAUAUUGUGUAAUGAAUUUCCAGUGUCAUUCCUAUCCCUUGUCAACAGAAAACCAGAAAUUCAAUAAGGAAAUAGUACUUUAUUACAUGCCAUCUAAAUGUUUCAAAGGCCAGUUCAUUAAAUGUUUCAAAGGCCAGAAACAUUUAAACGAUUCAAAGGCCAGUACAUAAAGGGAUUUUUUCUGUGACGAGUCUUAAUGUGCCAACUUGUUUCCAGUGAAUGAGCACAAAGAUUGGAAAUAAGGACAAUAAUUGUUAAAUAUGACUUCUGACAUCUUUUAUCAAUGCACUGUAAUUUUGCACUACUUUGUAAAAAGAAAAAGCCUAAAAAAUUAAAACAUGCCAAAUGUACAGAAUGUGAAAUGAUAUUUUGCGAACUUUGUCUCAUAAUCCUGUUUUUCUGACUGUGUUAAUGUGAAGUGUAAUGUGCUGUUUGACACAAGCCAACAACAAGCACACCUAGCACACCAAUGAGUCACUUUGAGUUUUGUAUUGGUUGCUUCCAUAAGCCACAAGUUACUUUUCCUACUUAUUUUUGUAUUUGUCCAUAUCUGAGAAAUAUCUAAUAUUGGCUAAUUUUGAUUUAGCAUUAACAAAUUACUAGAUAAUAUUUCAAGAUACAUGUAUUAAGUAUGUCAAUAUGAAAUCAUUAGCCAGGGUGCUUUUAAAGUACAGAAUCACUAGUUUGCCAAAUUACUUGAAAAGUCUUAUGAAAUAGGAAGGGGUGCUGCUAGUCAGUCUUGCUGCUCUUUCAUUCUGAAAUGGAAUAAAUGUUUAUUGAUCCAUCAGUAAUUGAUAUUCUGUUGAAAGCUAGCUGAUAACUAGAAUGGGACAUCUAGUUCUGUGCACCACUGAUUAAUCCAAAUUUAAUAUAUCAUAUCAGAAGCAACGACCGAAUACCUAGAUGAUAUUGACAAGAAUAUAGGAACAAAGGAAGCUGCCUUAUACUGAGACAGACCAUUGGUCCAUCUAGCUCAGUACUGGCUACACAGAUUGGCAGUAGCUUCUCCAAUAUUGCAGGCAGGAGUCUCUCUCUCAGCCCUAUCUUGGAGAUGCCAGGGAGGGAACUUGGAACCUUCUACAUGCAAGCAUUCAGGUGCUCUUCCCAGAGUGGCCCCAUCCCCUGAGGGGAAUAUCUUACAACACUCAAACACAUCUCCCAUUCACAUGCAAACCAGAACCGACCCUGCUUAGCAAAGGGGACAAUAUAAUUCAGGCUAAAGCACUUGCCCAGUGCUAGAGCCCUCUUCUCACCAUUACUCCACACAGUCACUCUAUGCGUGGAGAGGGAGUGCCUUAUUCCAACCAAUGCAUAUUGAGGCAAAGGUCAGAAUUGGGUUUCUAUGCACACAGACCCCCAUGCACCUUGUUCACAGAGGUGUGAGCCUUGUUCACACAGAGUUCCUUAUCACCUGGGAGAAUGGGCACAUGUACCAUUAUUUGAAUGUAGAAACCUAGUUGUCACCUUCACCUCAGCAUUCAGAGAAUGGAACCAGCUGGCAUGAGCCUGCUCCUCUUCUGAGCACAGAGCAAACACACAGAGCAUCUGUGAGAAGUGGACUUUGUUCAUAAGAAUGUCACAUCCUAGUCUGAAUGCUGGAUAAUGCAUUAUACAUAUGGAAUCAUAUCACGGGGAGGCAUCUCCCACAUAACUCAGUAUGUGUUUCUGGAGGGAGUUUAACAAAAGCAAGUAACCUUGGCAUUACAUAGCAGAUUCUGUGCCGGGAAACAACUUAAAGUAUGUGAGCCAGUUAGUGGUGAUGGUGGAGGGGGGAGUGAAUUACACUGGCUUUGCAUUUAUGCAAUCGCCCCAAUUCAGAAGUGGAGUUUCCAUUUACAUGCUUAAUAAGAUUACAGGGAUUGCUUUGUUAUGCCAGACAUACAGAUCAUUGUGUUCUUUGUAUUCUUUAUUGUACAAAAAUAUAUAAACUCCAGUGGGAAAUUAUCACUCACUUGUAAGAUACACAUUUUAAGAAGCCAUGAAAAAAACAGAAGGCCUUGUAAAAAUGUGUAUACUUUUUAUUAUAAGUUGAAGUUCUUCUUUGUGCGCCCCAAGUGUCACAUCAAAUGAAGCCAGGUUUCCUGUUGUUUGGAUUACCAUUUUGCCUCCUCAAUAUAUGAAAGUAUAAUUAUAUGGUUGUAUUUCCCACCUUACGUUGUGAAUUUUUGGUGUCUCUGAUUAUCUGUGUUUAUGUUAUAUUUGAUUGCAGUCUGCCAAUAGCAAUUCUGUGGAAUGCCAGGAAAUUGGAACCCUAUCAAAGACUUAAAUAAUGUGUGGGAUUUGUUUUCCACAAUAUUAUAAGCACUUCAUUGAUUUUUUAAAAAUUUAUUUCACACAGGCAUUCUCUUCCCAGAAAUAAACACUGGAUAUGUAAAUAAGUGUCAAUACGUGCAUAAAGUUGUUGUAAUAAGUAUAUUUAAAAUAAAAACAAACUGAAAGUA